CGCACAUCAAUUGAUAAAUGCUACUUAUCAAUUUGUGAUCAAAAGUAAUUAAGUUUGUAGCGGAAUCGAAUGUGGCGAAUUGGAUACGGCAUUGGAAAAGAAGACCAAACAGAAAAAAACACAUGGAAAAACACCAAACAAAAGGCGACAAUUAAAAACUACGUUCAAUAUGUGUAAAUAUGUAAUGUGCGCAUACGAGUGAGUGAAAACUGAGCCGACUGAUAACUGACUUAUUUAAAGUAAAGUAACCACGAUGGCGUCUACUGCUAUUGUUUUUGUGACUCUGCUCACAAUGAUAGCCCAACAUAACAACUGUGCAGCCGUCGAUGUUUACUUUCCCAGCACGUCGGUGAAAUUCAAUCUGCCUAUCAAUGAGGAAUCGGAGAGCAUAUUCUCCAAGAUCCCGCUGGCUCAGUUCCAAGUCCUGCAGAUGGAGAACAACCGGUUGGCCAGUGAUUUCUUGUAUAGCCUGGAGGAGAAUCCACUGCUACGGAUAAACAGUUCCUCCGGCGAGAUUUAUAUGCGCACCGAUUACCGCUCGCCAAACUCAAGUGCCACGUUUUUGGUGACCGCAUUUCCCAGGGAUCAACCCGAUCACGAGUUGCUGCCUGUUUCGCAUCUGUCGUUGGAGGUUACACCCCAGUCCAUGGGGGAUUACUGUUCAGAACUGGAGCACAUUUGCUUCUGGAGCAGUGCUCAGUACAGUAUAGCCGAGUCGCAGGGUCCAUAUCGGCGCAAGGAUUUAUUUGAACCCGUACUUAUCGGAGCCCUUAAUUCCCGGGCUGCGAAGUAUCUGUGUCCUCAUGUAUCUCUGGAAUACUCUCUCAACGCCGGUAGUUCCCAUUUUGUUUUGAAACAAAAUCGACUCUACACCCGACAACCCUUGGACCACGAUGAGCUUUAUGGCUUGAAUGCCAAAGCCGGGCAGCUGCAGGCCAGGAUUACCUGCUCAGUUAAAUUGUCCAGCAGGGAUCAGAGGAAGUUCUCGCGCAUUUUGGAUAUCAAGUUACUGGAUCGCAAUGAUAAUGGACCCAAGUUGCAGGAGAGUAAUUCCAAGUUCGAUUUCUAUCUGGAACAGCCCUACUUUCAAGCGGACGAGGAGGCGGGUGAGAAAAUAAUCUACGUGGAUAAGGAUACACUGGAGGCAAAUGGUCACCUCGUCUACGCCGUCCACAAUGACUCCAAUUCUCUGUUUCGGCCCGACUGCCACGCCUACGAAGCUGAUCACACAGGCAGACCACAUACCAUCGUCAGUUGUCAGCUGCGAUUCUCCCGAAACGGUGUCUUCCGGGAAACCCCCUAUUGUGUGUCCUUGGAAGCUCGUGAUCUGACCAUUGAAAGCCGUAUCGAUGCCAUGUCAGCGACAGCCAACGUUUGCUAUCAUAUUAAUCUGAGUAAUCUUCACGAAUCUGACCAAGAAUUACCGCAAGCGCUUCCCCUACGGUCACGUCAACAACACAUAUUCGAGAGCGAAGAAUUCAAUGGAGGUUCUGCGGGCCGAUCUAUAAGCCCUCCGACCGUGGAUUACGAGAAGGAUGUUUCCGUAUACAGAUCGGCCUUUUCUUGUUUUCGAGUGGUCCAGCCUGACAGUUUUCUAGACUUGAUGAGGUUACGGUCUAUUCGAUUCGAUAUUGUUGAGGAUAAACUUGGUGCUUUUGGCAUCACCUCAACAUCGGGUAUUGUCUUUGUGAAGAACCCACAGGCUUUGGAGGAGGCGCCGGAAACCAUCUACUUCUUGAAUGUCACCUGGAUCGAUCAGCAACGACUCUCGCACGUUCGAGUGAUCAAUGUGCACUUGAUUCAUGGUAGACCCGAGAAUACUAGUUGCGAACUGAAGAUCAAGUCCCGAUCACAGACCUGUGCCCAGAUUAAAUACCAAUCGCAAUGCGGUCGAUAUUGUGGCUUGGCCACAGGGGGAGGAUCUUGCCAGUGGAGGGGAUCCAACUCAGCCAUGUUUGGCACUAGAUAUGGUUCCUGUGUCCCCGAAUCUCGGUUCUGCCCAGAUCAUGUCUGUGAUCCCCUAGAGGAACUGAAUCCCAUGGCCUGUCCGCAGGAUUGCACUCCAGCUGUAAAAAUUGUAGGUCCCCAUUCGAGUAAUGAGAAUAAGAAGGGGAUCUACAGUGCCUCCGGAACCUGCAUCUGCGAGGAUAAUGGCAAGUGCUCGUGCGCUCCGUUGGAAGAGGAACCCAAGAUGAAGAAACCCCGAAAACGAAAGAACGAAACAGUGUCGGAACCUCUGCUGAGCGGAAAAGGUACUCCUCCGAGUCAGCCACUUCAGGAUCCCCUGCUCCUAGGUGUUCUAAACGUUGCCGGUUUCGAGUGCGAUCGGUCGUGCAUGUUUUUCGUGAUCACUUGCCCUCUACUGUUCGUUCUUCUGCUCCUCUGUUUGCUGAUUGCGCAGAGGAAGAUGCUCCAACGUCGCUUGGGCAAACAAUCGAUGACCACAUCUUCGAAACAAACUUCUCCGGAGUCGGGAGACGGAGAUCUGGCCUUGAUGCCUCUGCAGAGUGGUUUCAGGUUCGAAAGUGGUGAUGCCAAGUGGGAGUUUUCCAGACAGAAACUGCAACUAGAUACGGUUUUGGGUGAGGGUGAAUUUGGUCAGGUCUUGAAAGGCUUUGCCACCGAGAUCGCUGGCUUGCCGGGAAUAACCACGGUGGCCGUAAAGAUGCUCAAGAAGGGCGCCAAUUCCGUGGAGUACAUGGCCUUGCUUUCCGAGUUUCAGCUCCUCCAGGAGGUCUCUCAUCCGAAUGUGAUCAAGCUUUUAGGCGCGUGCACCUCGUCGGAAGCGCCUCUCCUUAUUAUCGAGUAUGCCCGGUAUGGUUCGCUGAGGAGCUAUCUUCGACUCAGCCGGAAGAUCGAGAGUGCCGGCGUAGAUUUCGCAGAUGGAGUUGAGCCUGUUAAUGUUAAGAUGGUUCUUACCUUUGCCUGGCAGAUUUGCAAGGGUAUGGCUUACCUUACUGAAUUAAAGUUGGUUCAUCGCGAUUUGGCUGCUAGAAAUGUUCUCCUUGCUGAUGGCAAGAUAUGCAAAAUUUCAGAUUUCGGUCUGACUCGAGAUGUUUACGAAGAUGAUGCCUAUUUAAAGAGAUCCCGAGACCGUGUGCCCGUCAAGUGGAUGGCUCCGGAAUCUUUAGCGGAUCAUGUGUAUACCAGCAAAUCGGAUGUGUGGUCCUUUGGCGUUCUCUGCUGGGAACUGAUCACCCUGGGAGCCUCUCCGUAUCCUGGCAUUGCUCCCCAGAAUCUGUGGUCCUUGCUAAAGACGGGCUACCGGAUGAGCAGACCAGAAAAUUGUUCGGAGGCUGUCUACUGCAUAGUUCGAACCUGCUGGGCAGAUGAGCCAAAUGGAAGACCCUCCUUCAAGUUCCUGGCUUCGGAGUUUGAAAAGCUAUUGGGCAACAAUGCCAAGUACAUAGACCUGGAAACGAGUGCCGUUUCGAAUCCCCUUUAUUGUGAGGAUGAUUUCGGCUUGAUAACCAUGGAAUUAGGCGAACCGGAAUCGUUGCAGCACCUUUGGUCUCCACCCAAAAUAGCCUACGACAUCCAUGACCAGGGCACCAGCUACGAUCAGUCAGAGGAAGAGAUGCCAGUGACUUCGACUGCUCCACCAGGCUACGAUUUCCCACGACCUUUGAUUGAUGCUACCGCCAAGGAACAGGUUUUGCGAUACGAAAACGAUUUGCGAUUCCCCUUGAAUAUUCGAAAAUCCAGUUGUACUCCCAGCUACAGCAACAUGACCAGUGGAUCUCUAGCGACCUCCUCAUUGCCACAUUAUUCUGUCCCCGUGAAGAGGGGUCGCUCCUAUCUGGAUAUGACCAACAAGAGUCUCAUCCCAGACAACCUGGACAGCAGGGAGUUUGAAAAACAUCUUUCCAAGACCAUCUCCUUCCGUUUCUCUAGUUUGCUGAAUCUCAAAGAAAGUGCGGAGGUUGCUUUAGGACAGCAAGCUGAGGAUGCAGUCUAGACAUAAUUUUUCCCAGAGUUCUUAUCGCACGCCUGUUUUUCAGUUCAAACUGUUUGUUGAUUAGUUUUAGUUUUAAAUUUAAUCAAGUAGCUUUACGCUGAAGCCAAAUAUGGAUUUUAAGAACCGAUUUCGAAUUCAAAUACUCGCAUGCAUUUAUUCACUAUUUUAACU